AUGAUACCCGAGAGUUUGGCGCGUACUGGAAAUAUUCAAUCGACGCGCGAAGACAUCGGACGGCGAAUCGGCGAAUUAUUUGUAAAUAGAUUUUACAUCAACUUGCACACUGACAUCUUGGAUACACCCGAUAUAUUCUGGGAUAACGAUGACUUCGCUGACCACUACGACAAUUGUCGGCGAUAUUUAGAAAUACCGAAACGCGUUGAAAUUCUCAAUCAGAGAUUAGAUAUUAUUAAGGAUCUGUACGAUAUGCUCAACAACGAACUCACCAUUCAGCACGGCUACAAACUAGAGUGGAUUGUGAUAUAUUUAAUUUGCAUCGAAGUGCUGAUUGAUGUCGUUUGGAAUAUCCUCAUCAAGGACGUCUUAAAAUGGGUCUGA